GCUGCUCACGGCCACCCUGGCCUGGCCGUCCCCGGCAGUGGUGUACAUCGGCAUCAUCCUCUCCACGCUUGGCGCCGCCAUGCAGAACCUCAUGAGCGCGCCGCGUCUGCUCACAGCCAUCGCCAAUGACGACAUCCUCCCCAUCCUGGACUGGUUCAAAACAGAGGACAACCAGGAGCCCUACCUCGCCACGCUCUGCACGCUACUCAUCUGCGCCGGCUUCGUGUGCAUUGGAGAUGUGGACUAUGUCACGCCGGUGAUCACCAUGUUCUUCCUGCUGUGCUAUCUCGGGGUGAACCUCUCCUGCUUCCUGCUGGAUCUGUUGGAUGCGCCGUCGUGGCGCCCGAGCGAUCACGCUCAUGAUAUCGUGGUUCUCGCCACUGUGCCUGCUGCUAGCCAUGCGAUUCAUCAAGAGCAUCAAAGAUCUCUCCUUCCCCCCCUUCUCCCCCUGGUGCCCCCCCUGCAGCGAUCAUCGAUCAUGUUCAUGAUAUCGUGGUUCUUCACGCUGCUGUGUCUGCUGCUAGCGGUGCUCAUCUACUACUACGUCAGCCUCAAGGGCAAGGCCGGCGACUGGGGCGACGGCUUCAAGUCUGCCUACCUGCAGCUCGCCCUGCGCUCCCUCAAGUUCCUUGGAGCGAGUCAGGUGCAUCCCAAGAACUGGUACCCCAUCCCGCUCAUCUUCUGCAAGCCCUGGGGCAUCCUGCCUCCCGACAUGCCAUGCCAUCCGAAGCUUGCUGACUUUGCCAACUGCAUGAAGAAGAAGGGGCGCGGAAUGACCAUCUUUGCCACCAUCCUCGAAGGCCGCUUCAGGGACCGGGCAGAGGAUGCACGGUCAGCGAGCCACCUGCUGCUGAGCUACAUUGACUACAAGCGCUGUGAGGGGGUGGCAGAGGCCAUCGUGGCUGACUCGCUCAACGAGGGAUUCCGCAUCGCAGUGCAAACCAUGGGGCUGGCGAAUCUCAAGCCCAACAUCGUGUGCAUGCGCUACCCUGAGAUCUGGCGCGAAGACAUCCAGAGGGACAUCCCCGGCACGUUUGUGAACGUCAUCAACGACUGCAACACAGCGAACAAGGCGUGUGUGAUCGUGAAGGGGCUGGACGAGUGGCCGGGCGAGUACCAGAAGCAGUACGGCACCAUCGACCUCUACUGGAUCGUGCGGGAUGGAGGCAUCAUGCUGCUGCUGUCCCAGCUGCUGCGGGCAAAAGAGAGCUUUGAGAACUGCAAGAUCCAGGUGUUCUGCAUUGCGGAGGAGGACACAGGCGCGGAGAACCUGAAGCUGGACGUGAGCAAGUUCCUGUACGACCUGCGCAUGCAGGCUGACGUCAUUGUCGUCACCAUGAAGGCGUGGGAAGACGUCGUGUCCGAUGCUGAGGGCGCUGAGGCAGAGCUCGCCCGGCAAGGCGCCAUGGAGGCUUUCACUCGGGCGCGGCGCAACAUAGCCCAGAGAAUGAGCGAGGACCCCGAGGCUGAGACGCACCACUCACUGCUGGACGAGAGCAAGGUGAAUAAGUUCCUCUACACCACAAUCAAGCUCAACUCCAUUAUUCUGCGGUACUCGCGCAUGGCUGCUGUGGUGCUCGUCAGUCUCCCGCCUCCCCCUCAGAACCAUCCCCCUUAUUGCUACAUGGACGCACACCACCUCAAGACACCGCUAGACUGGCGAGGGACCAUGGAUUUGGAUGCCGUGGACUACGGAGAGGACUGGCGAGAUGACGACGUACUUAAGGACCGGGUUGAACGGUCCACAGACGAUGCCGAAGCACGAGUGCCGCAUUCGGCCCGCGGAGUUCAUGGCGAUCAGCCAACGGCUAGCUCGAAUCAGCGAACCGCACUCGUUGCUCCUCCGUCUGCCAUGGAUUGUCGCAACUACGACGCCUCGGCUUACGCUGAGCGCGUUUUGCGCGAGCGGAAGCUAGCCGGGAGCGUGAUCUACGCUGCGCUGCUCGUUCCAGGUGACCACGUCAGCAUGCCAGCUGGAGAGCUGAGGGACGAAACUCACCCCAAAACUCUUUUCCCCGCCGCCUCUCUUCCCGCCUCCCCUGUCCCCGCGCAUGGCCAGCGCGGCGGCGGGCCUUGGGGGGAGGCGGGGGAGGGGGCGAGGCGCGUGGGGGAGGCGCAGCCCGCAGCAGCGGUGCAGGCGCACAAGGGGGCGGCGUUUGGGCUCAAGACGUGCGCUAUGGGGGGACAGCCGCUGCUGUUCAGCUGCGGGGACGACGGUCGUGUUGCAGGGUGGCGGUGGAGCGACCUCCUCUCAUCCAAUCCUGCUCAAGCCCCUCAAGUGGCCCCCUGCGUUGACCUGGUCAACCCCCCCACCACGUGGGCUGCUGCAAGGGGCGUGGCAGUGGUGCCAGAGACCAACGCCAUUGAUGUUGACGAGCAGAGGAACACCAUUUACAGUGCAGCAGGCAACGGGUGUGCAUACGCAUGGGACGUGGAGUCUCAGAAGCGGGUCGCUGAGUUUAGGGGCCACUCAGACUACCUGCACUGUGUGGUGGCACGGCCGCAGCACCACCAGAUAGUGACGGGGUCUGAGGACGGCACAUGCCGAGUAUGGGAUUGCCGCACAGCCACCACAGUGCUGUGUCUCAACCCCUUCACUGCGCGCCAAGCACCCCUCUCCCCCUCUUCGUCCUCCUCCCCCGCCUCGCCUUGGGUCAGCAGUAUAGCAACUGACUCCACAACUCCAUGGCUGCUGUGUGGCACAGGCGGCAGCACGGCGUCUCUCUUCUCGCUGCAGGCACCCGCCUCUGCACUGCUGCGUGUGUCUCUUGGCGCGCCAGUGCAUGCGGUGGCCAUGGGGAGGGAUGCGGAUGAGAUACUAGUGGCGGGAGCCAGCGCUGUGUUGACUCGGUUAACUUUUGCCGGCCAGCUCAAGUCACUAACUGCCACGGCCAUGCGAUCCAUCUACUCCCUCCAUUCACAUUCGCCGUCCCAGCUUGUGGCAGUGGCGGGGAGAGGGGGGACAGUCGAUAUAAUCACCAGCAUUGGCAGUCACCUGGCCACUUUUCAGUGCGCCUGA